UUCCCAGAAGCCACCGGGCUCGCAUCAACCUCGGUCCCUGCAUCCUCUUCCGGUGGCCGAGCAGCUGUGGUCCCUACGUGCCUGUCUCGGAAAAAAAAGGAUCCUGAGAGAGGAAAGAAUUUUUGUUACACAACUAGAAGUUUAAGUUCAGGUUUUUCUGUUUCCAAGCCAGGUGUAAUUCCUGAAUUGGAACAAGGAGUCCAGGCCUAGUAGGUGGAGAGUGUAGUGACAAGAGGAUUUGUCCAGCUCUGGCUUCUCUGGACUCAGCUUCUGAGGAUGAUUGGCAGUUCUAAAACCAUGGGCCGGGUGCCACUGACAUUCAGUGAUGUUGCCAUAGACUUCUCUCAGGAAGAGUGGGAAUGCCUAAACUCAGAUCAGAGGAACUUGUACAGAGAUGUGAUGUUGGAGAAUUAUACUAACUUGAUAUCACUGGACAUUGAUUUCACAAGUGAGAGCAACAAAUUAUCUUCAGAAAAAAGCAGUUAUGAAGUAAAUUCAUACCAUCGGGAGACAAUGAAUAGAAGUAAAACCUUCAACGUUAUGGCGUUUAUUUUCAGAAAUGACUCACAGAACAGAACUAAAUUUGAAAGACAACAGAAACCUAAAAUGGGAUAUUUUAAUCACAUGAUAUUCAGGAAACAUAUAUCCCUUCCUCUACAUCAAAGACUUCACACUAAAGAGAAGUCAUAUGAAUGUAAGGAAUGUAGAAAGGGCUUUAGGAAAUAUUCACACCUUAUUGAACAUCUGAGAGACCAUAGUGGUGUAAGACCCUAUGAAUGUAAGGAAUGUGGAAAGGUCUUUAUAGUUCUCCAGCAUUUUAUUAGACAUAAAAAAAGUCACACUGAUUUGAAACCCUUUGAAUGUAAUGGAUGUGAGAAGGCCUUUAGGUUUUAUUCCCAGCUUAUUCAACAUCAAAUAAUUCACACUGGUGUGAAACCCUAUGAAUGUAAGCAAUGUGGGAAGGCCUUUAGACGUCAUUCUCACCUUACUGAACAUCAGAAAAUUCAUAUUGGUUUGAAACCCUACAAAUGUAAGGAAUGUGGGGAAACUUUUAGGUUGUACCGACAUAUGUGUCUCCAUCAGAAAAUUCAUCAUGGUGUGAAACCCUAUAUUUGUAAGGAAUGUGGAAGGGCCUUUGGUCAUCGUUCAAGUCUCUAUCAGCAUAAGAAAAUUCAUUCUGGUGAGAAACCAUAUAAAUGUAAACAAUGUGGAAAGGCCUUUGUUCGCAGUUAUCUGCUUAUUGAACAUCAGAGAAGUCAUACUGGUGAGAAGCCUCAUGAAUGUAAGGAAUGUGGAAAAGCCUUUAGUAGGGGCUCAAGCCUUCUUAAACAUAAGAGAAUUCAUAGUAGCGAGAAACUCUAUGAUUGUAAGGAAUGUGGAAAGGCCUUCUGUAGAGGCUCUCAACUUACACAGCAUCAGAGAAUUCAUACUGGCGAGAAGCCCCAUGAAUGCAAAGAAUGUGGGAAGACUUUUAAGCUCCACUCUUACCUUAUUCAACAUCAGAUCAUUCACAGUGAUUUGAAACCAUAUGAAUGUAAACAAUGUGGGAAAGCCUUCAGUCGUGUUGGAGACCUUAAAACACAUCAGUCAAUUCAUGCCGGGGAGAAACCUUAUGAAUGUAAGGAAUGUGGAAAAACCUUUAGACUUAAUUCUCAACUAAUUUAUCAUCAGACAAUCCAUACUGGUUUGAAACCAUAUAUAUGUAAAGAAUGUAAGAAGGCCUUCCGUUCUAUCUCAGGUCUUUCUCAACAUAAGAGAAUUCAUACUGGUGAAAAACCUUAUGAAUGUAAAGAAUGUGGUAAGGCCUUUAAUCGUAGCGAUCGACUUGCUCAACAUCAGAGAAUUCAUACUGGUGUGAAGCCACAUAAAUGUAAGGAAUGUGGGAAAGCCUUUACUCGUUGCUAUCAACUAACUCAACAUCAAAGAUUUCACAUUGGCGAGAAAGUCUUAAUGUAAUGAGAGUCAGAAAGCCUUUAGCCAUGACACAUCCUUUAACAUUUAUCACUAUUCUACCACCUAACGAUAUGGUAAAGAUUAAAUUAUUUAACAUAAAAUAUGAUUGUUUGGAAGGGCAUCUGGCACAGAGUAUUUGCUUACUAAAUCUUGUAUCAUUCUUUAAUGAUAAUUACUAGUAUUACUAUAAAUAAAUUCAUGUGGAAGGAAGACCCUGUGAGCAUAUUUUAAAAAUCUAUCAUCACUCAUCCAUAUUUCAUUUCAGAUAAUUAAUUCUGGACAAAAUCCCAUAGAAUGUUUUAAACAAGAAACUUUUUUAUUCAAAGCUCAUCCCCCUGAAGAUUAAUAAUGGUAAGAAACCCUAUGCUUUUGAAUAUUCAGAAUAUAGCUGUUGAAAAAUUGGAAAGUGGUUUGAAGAAAUUUUUUUAUAAUAAUUUCUAUAAUACAGAUAACAUACAAUCCACAUUCCCUACAACUCAUGGAAAUUAGAGAUUAACAAUGGGUAGCCAAAAGACAGAUGUUGACUUGGAGAAGGUUUCCUCAAGUAUUUGAAAAAUGUUAAAUUUACAUAAAAGGUACAACAAUGGUACAAUGAAGGUUUAUUUACCCUCCACCUAUAUUUAGUAUCUCUCUCUCAUGAAAAUAUAUAUAUACAGAUUCACAUAUAUUAUAGAUUUUAUAUAUAUAUAAUUUUGCUGUGCCUUCUGAGUGAAUGUUUUAGGUAUCACUUCACCUCUAAAAAAAAUCAACAUACAACUCAAAAAUACAACUGCUAGAUUUAAAGAUUAUCUUCUACAUGACCACUAAGCCACUGUCACCUAAAAAACAACAGUAGACCUAUAAUAUUCUGUAAUAUUCAUCCCAUUUACAGAAUUCUCCAAUUUUUUAAAGAAUGUCUUUUGAAAGUGCUGGCUUUUUUUUUUUAAGCCUAAAACCAAACUAAGGUCACAUAUUUUAUAUGAUUAUGGCUAUUGAGUCUCUUUUGGUCAAACACUUAUCCUCUACCUGUUUUGUGACAAACUUUUUGAAGACUCAGGAGAAGUAACCAUAUAAUGUUGCACAUUCUGUAUUUGUACUAAUUUUUCUCUGAGUGGGCUUAAGUUGUUUCUCUAUCCGUCGCAUUUAUUCUGAACUGGAUGUUAUGUCUAGAGGCUUGAUUAGGUUUCAGAUUAAACAUUUUUGACAUAACUUCAUAGAUAAUAUUGUGUACUCAAUAUUGUAAAAUAACAGGUGGCACAUAGUGAAGCUAUGUUUGAUCUCUUGAUUCAUGUAUUGACCACCAGCUCUCUCCAUUGUAUCAGUACUAGUUUUUUGGGGAUUUUUUUGUUUUUUGCAAUUAAGAAGUAGCCCACAGAAAGUCACAUCACCAUUCCACUUGGAAAUUUAAACAGUCUUGAGUAUUUUUAAAGAAAUUAAGACCAAAAAAAACACCAUCAUCUUUCAUAUUUACCCACAUAUUUACCUUUUCACAUAAUCUUCAUUCCUUCCCAAUGAUCUAAAUUUCUAUCUGGUAUCAUUUCCCUUCAGCUUGAAGAACUUAAUUUAGCACUUCUUGGAGUAUAUGUCUGCUGGUGGUGAAUUUUCAUUGUUUCUUUUACUGAAAUGCUUUGUUCCUGAAGGAUUUUUUUUUCUUGCUAUAGAAUCCUGGGUUUUGUUUUACAUAUUUUUUAAAAAGAUAUUAUAUCACUGACUGCUGGCCUCUAUAGGUUAUGAGAAGUCAUUUGAAUUAUUUUUCCUCUGUGUGUAAUGUGUCAUUUCCCUCUUUGUGCUUUCAAGAUUUUCUUAUUACCUUUAGUUUUCAGCUGUUUGAGCAUGAUGUCCCUUGGUAUAGUUUUCUUUGUGUUAAUCCUUUUUGGGGUUCUCUGAGCCUCUGAAAUCUGUACACUCAUGCCUUUCACUAAAUUUCAGAAAACUCUGGCCAUUAUAUCUUCAGAUAUUUUUUCUGCCCUUACUUCUCCUUCUGGGGUUCCAAGUAGUCAUAUGUUAAAUCUUUUAAUAUUGUCCUACAGGUCACUGGCUCUGUUAUUUAUCUUCAGCCUUUUUUUUUUUU